AUGUCGGCCGCGUCCGUGUUCCCCAUGUGUGUCCGAGCCAGCCGGGGCCUGCUGCGGCUGAGGAGCGGCGGACAGGCCGGCUGUCCCUCCUCCUCCUCCGGGCUGGACAUUUUACGCGCCCUCUCCACGGAGAAGCCGCCGGCGGGCGGCGUCGGCGCUACGGGAGGACUGGCCCAGUCUAUCCUGCAGGACCGCCUGAAGCAGCAGAGCCGCCAGGGUCAGCCUCCUCCUGACGGGGGAGAGGGGGAGCAGGAGGGGCAACAUGGAGAAGAUAAGAAACAGAAAGAGAACACGGCAUAUGCUAAGAAGAUGGUACUGAGGCUGGCUGGUCUGAUGGGACUCGGUGGAGCCAUGGGUGUCGUUUACAUAUUUGGAAGCAAUUCUGUGGACGAGCAAGGAAACAAGAUUCCAGAUGAGUUCGACAAUGACCCUCCAGUCAUCCAGCACUUGAGAAGAACCUUCAAAUAUUUUAAAGACUACAGACAGAUGAUUAUCGAGCCGACGAGCCCCAAGCUGCUCCCAGACCCUCUGAAGGAGCCGUACUACCAACCUCCCUACACCCUGGUCCUGGAGCUCACAGAUGUCCUGCUGCAUCCGGAGUGGUCGUUGUCUACAGGGUGGCGUUUCAAGAAGCGUCCGGGAAUAGACUACCUGUUCCAGCAGCUGGCACCAUUGUACGAGAUAGUCAUCUUCACCGCGGAGACAGGCAUGACGGCAUACCCUCUGAUUGACAGCAUCGACCCUCAAGGAUUCAUCAUGUACCGCCUCUUCAGAGACGCAACACAUUAUAUGGACGGACACCAUGUCAAGGAUGUGUCCUGUCUGAACAGGGACAGCAGUAAGGUCAUACUGGUGGACUGUAAGCGUGAGGCGUUCAGUCUGCAGCCCUUCAACGGUCUGGCUCUGAAGAAAUGGGACGGGAACUCUGAAGACCGGACGCUCUACGACCUCGCCAACCUCCUCAAGACCAUUGCACUGAGCGGUAUCGAUGACGUGCGCUCGGUUUUGGAGAACUACGCCCUGGAGGACGACCCCAUCGAGGCCUUCAAACGCAGACAGGCUCAGCUAGCCCAGGAGGAGGAGCAGCGGCUGGCGGAGCUGUCCCAGCAAAAGAAACAGGGCGUGUCUCUGGGCUCCAUCGCAUCACGGUUCUGGCGCUCCAAACAACAACUCGGUCCAUAGAGGAAGAUCCAGGAACGAGAGACAGAAAGAGAGAGAGAGAGACUCCAGGAGAGGUUUCUAAGACUUGGCUCCUGUCUGCGUCUUGUGCUUUGUUGAAUGUUCUGUGAGACUCAGUUGAUGUGAACCAUUCAUGUACCAUCGACAUCCUCAAUAAUAAAACGAGAAACU